AUGGAUUAUGCGAAGAAAUGUGAAACCUAUCAAUAUCAUGCGAAUUUCAUUCACCAACUGCCCCAGCCUCUACAUCCGACCAUAGCCUCGUGGUCUUUCGAAGCAUGGGGGCUCGAUCUGGUCGGCCCUAUAACAUCUAAGUUGACAGUAGGGCACUUCUACAUCCUCGCAACCACUGACUACUUCUCAAGAUGGGCUGAGGUUGUCGCGCUAAAGGAAGCUAAGAAAGAAAACGUGAUGGAUUUUAUCCACACUCAUAUCAUUUAUCGGUACGGUAUUCCCCAUCGGAUCGUAACGGAUAACGGAAGACGAUUCUCCAAUAGUUUGAUGGAUAGGUUGUGUGAAAAUUUCAAAUUUAAGCAGUACAAGUCAUCCAUAUAUAACGUCGCCGCAAAUGGGUUGGCUGAGGCAUUUACCAAGUCACCUCGUACUCUCUCGUUUAUGGGGUAG